CGGGUGCAUAUUCUCGCUGUCCUGUUUGCACUGUGGCCAGGGGCACUGACUUCAGAGGGCCCUACCCGGCGAAUAUACCGACAUGACCAGGUGGCUGGACUGAAUCCCAAUCGCAUGCAUGAGAAGGGUUAGGCAACAGAAACAUGGCACGCAGUGCAGUUGUAUAAAUACGUGCCUGUUCCCCAGGGCUGGCUGACUGACCGAGUCGCCCUCAAAAUCCCAUUCUCUACUCAGCGACAGGACUACCACUCAUCCCCCGAACGCUGACGGUCUAUACUCAUUCAAUCGACCAGAUACUCCCACCGAGAUGAAGCCUCUUACUACCCUCGUUCUCUUCUUCUCCUUCUUCGGCCUGUUGGCAGCUGCCCCAACAGAUCUCGCCCACUUCAUCGACGCAGCCACCCACUUCCCCUUCGUCGACAUUCCAGACCAAUUCCCCGCCAUGUGCUCCGGCACUGGCUCCGGGUAUUGCAACCUGGGAAUUGCGAGCUACAUGCCGUCGUCCGGGACCAAGAUCCGCCAAGCGUUUGUUUACGAUCGAUACUGCCGCGGACUCGGGGCGCGGCCUUUCGACACCGACGCGGGCAAAUGGUCCGUCUACUCACUGCUUCCAUACACGGUGGAGCUGUCGAUCACCGGCGGGGGCAGGAUCCCGGAUGGGUCAUUCAUGUAUGCGGGACGGAAAACGGAUUUGGGCAAGAUGUACUGCCGACGUUUACAACAUUUGUCUCUAGUCAACCCCCGCCUCAAACCAUUCCACCACCUCCAAGCCCCCUACAAAACCUUCCAGGAUAACAACAACACCCCCCAGAAAAUCCAAACAGACAUCCUCAUCCCAAAGACCAUCCCCGACCCCACCAACCCCAACCUAAAACCCCUUCCUCUAAUCGUCUACUUCCACGGCGGAGGCCUAAUAUGCGGCUCCUCCCUCCACCUCGACUGGUUCCCAACUUACCUCCUCGAGCUAGCCCAAACCACGCCUGCCGUCCUCAUCACCCCGAACUACCGUCUCCUCCCGGAGGCCACCAUCCACGAGGUGUUCAGCGACGUCCUCGACUUUUGGCACUGGGUGCACUCCCCAGCCCCCGUUGCCGCGCUGCUCGCCGCGGUCCCUUCCCCACAGAAUGCCUCGGGGCCGGUGACGAUCGACCUCGCCCGCGUCCUCGUGGCGGGCGGAUCCGCCGGCGGGUAUCUGGGUCUGUGUCUGGCGCUGCGGUUUCCCGAGCAGAUCGGCGGGGUGGUGGUGGGGUAUCCUGCCUUUCUGGGGGUGUCGUCUCCUGCGGUAGCGUCUGCAGCAGCAGCAGCAGCAGCAGCAGCGGGGGGAGCAGUAUCUUCCUCGAUGAGAGGAGAAGAUGAGGAGGGUAAGAGCGGAUUGAGCAACGGGGAUGGGGACGGGGUGAGCCCAACUCCCACCGCAACCGCAACCGCAGCACCAUCCCCCUCUCCAACUACCCAACCACAAACCGAAGAAGAUCUACAAGAAAUGCACCACCUCCUCAACACAGCCCUCGCCCUCGCCGCCCAGAACCGCAGCCCCGUCCGCACCUUCACGACCCCGCCGGACCGCCUCGACCUGAUGGACGCGGCGAUGCGCACGGGCCGCAUCGCCGAGCUGUUCGCGCGCGGCGUCGACCCGGCGGCCCACGACCCGGACCGGACCCUGCGGUAUCCGAUGGAGAGGCUGGAUGACCCUGUCAGAAUCCCGCGGGGUGGGAUUGCGAUCUUGCAUGGGAGGGAGGAUGAGGUCGUGUCUGUGGAGGAUAGUGUGCGGUUCGUUGGCAAGGCGAAGGAGGUUUUGGGGUCGGAGGGGCUGGCCGGGAAGGUGGUGGUUACGGUGCGGGAGGGGGGGCAUGGGUUCGAUACCCCUGUAGGAUUGGGGGAGGGGUGGUUGGGGGAGAGUUUGAGGGGGGUUGUUGGGGGUGGUUGA